UGUGCCGGGAUGGAGAUAUCUUCCGACAAAAUUAAACCGGAAGGUGAAAAGGCUGACGAGUGAGAUCAAAACAGUACUAAGAGGUGUGAUCGAGAAUAGGGCAAAGGCGAUGGAACGGGGAGACGAAAUCCCCAAAGAUGACUUGUUGAGCAUUCUAAUGGAGGCGAACACGAGAUUCACUGAAGAAGAUGGGAACGAGAAUGAAGGAAUGAGCAUUGAAGAUGUGAUAGAGGAGUGCCAGCUUUUCUACUUCGCAGGUUCAGAGACGGUUGCCAGUUUGCUGGCGUGGACAAUCGUGAUGUUGUGCACACACCCUGAGUGGCAAACUCAAGCACGAGCAGAAAUCACUCGAGUUUUUGGCCAGUCGGAGCCAACUCCUCAAGGCCUCAAUCACCUCAAAACUGUGACGAUGAUCCUACAAGAAGUGCUAAGGAUGUACCCUCCAGCUCCGGUGAUUUUCCGAAGCCCUAAGGAGAGCGUGAAAAUAGGAAGUCUUACGAUUCCAGCGGGGGUGCAGUUGGCAAUGAUGAUAGGCCUUGUCCAUUAUGAUCCUCGAAUUUGGGGAGACGACGCGAAGGAGUUUAAGCCGCAGAGAUUCGCACAAGGAGUUUCCAACCAAUCAUCCUUGAUACCUUUCAGUUCGGGGCCGAGGAUCUGCAUCGGCCACAACUUCGCCAUGACUGAAGCCAAAAUAGUAAUCGCAAUGCUUCUGCAUCAUUUCUCGUUGGAGUUGUCUCCGUCUUAUAAACACGCUCCUUUCGCCAUUCUUAACUUGCAGCCGCAGUAUGGUGCUCCAAUAAUUUUACGUCAUCUUCACAAAUAGCCAUCACUUUAUCGCCUCAUAUAUAUAUUUCACUGUUUGGUUUUUCCCAUUCAAUAACCAUUUUAUAAUCUGUCUUUAAAUUUAUUUUGAUUCUUAUGUACUCCUCUGUCCCACAAAAGUGUGCAUCACUUUUGGCGGCAUACGAAUGUAAUUUUCUAUUUCAUACUCCCUAUGUCCCAUUAUUAAAGACACUUUUCUUA